CGAAUCAGGGAAAUGUAAACAUUCCCUUACUGGGAACUGAGAUGAUUAGAGAGAAUCUGAAUUUGCUUCCAACUAAAUGAAUAAAGCAAACAGCUGAGCGGACUGAUGACUGAUUUACCUCAACAAAGCCUUUUGCAACUAUUUAUAAACCUGAAAUCCGGACCAACAGGAUGACAGAUAAGACACAAUACUUGUCAUCAGAUUCGUGCAGAAAAAGGGGUCCAUGAGAGACUGAGACAGAACAGCAGAAACUCUUAACCCCUUAAGGUAAAAAAAAAAAACAUCGCUACAACUUCACGCAGGCGCACUUCCGCGAAAGAAAGUGCUUCCUCCUUGAGCCGCGGAGGCGCAUGUGAAGUGUAGUUCCUCCUCAGUGAACGCUGCAAACACUGAAGGUUAAAACAGUUGAAGUGUCAGCUUGUGCAGACUGUGAAGACACCCGUCCGCACCGCGGAUUUCGCGCUCUUCUGUCCGGAGGGGAGUUGAAGUCAUUCCGGCCUUUAAAGUGGGAUGCAGGCAGCUGGAAAACUCAUGAAGGUUUUCGUGACGAGGCGCAUUCCGCCGGAGGGGACGAAGAUCCUGUCAGCGGCCGCAGAGUAUGAAGUGUGAGCUGUCCCUGUGGGACACGGAUGAACCUGUGCCGAGAGCAGAGCUCCUCAAAGGUGUGCAGGGGGCUCACGGUCUUCUGUGUCUGCUGUCAGACAAGGUCGAUGCUGAGGUUCUAGACGCUGCAGGGCCAAACCUAAAAGUGAUCAGCACCCUGUCUGUGGGAUUUGACCACUUGGCUCUCGAUGAAAUAAAAAAACGUGGCAUUCGUGUUGGAUACACCCCAGAUGUGCUGACUGAUGCCACAGCCGAACUGACGGUAGCUCUGCUGCUGGCCACCGCUCGCCGAUUACCAGAGGGAGUGGAGGAGGUCAAAAAUGGUGGCUGGAGUUCGUGGACGCCCCUCUGGCUGUGUGGUUAUGGUCUUUCUGGCAGCACAGUGGGAAUCAUUGGAUUGGGACGCAUUGGUAUGGCGAUCGCUCAAAGACUCAUGCCCUUUGGAGUGAAGAGGCUGCUGUACUCUGGGAGAACAGCCAAGGCCCACGCCGCAGAGGUGAAUGGAGAAUUUGUUCCCCUGGACACACUUGUUUCUGAGAGCGACUUCAUAGUUGUUUCCUGCUCCCUGACACCAGAAACCCAGGGACUGUGCGACAAGGCCUUCUUCAGCAAGAUGAAGAACACUGCAAUCUUCAUCAACUCGAGCAGGGGGGCUGUGGUGAACCAGGAGGAUCUGUACGAGGCUUUGAGCAGUGGACAGAUUGCUGCGGCUGGGUUGGAUGUAACAACACCUGAGCCACUCCCAACAAACCAUCCUCUUCUCACACUGAAAAACUGUGUGGUGUUGCCGCACAUCGGCAGUGCCACCUACUCCACCAGAGGCGUCAUGUCAGACUUGGCAGCACGAAACCUGCUGGGUGGUUUACGGGGAACAGAAAUGCCCAGUGAACUGACCUUCUAGAGCCUGAAACCGAGCCGCUGUGCCUACUGCCUCCCCUGGUGCUGCGUGGACAUCAGUAAACAGUAAUGUACUGGUCUGAUAAUGGUCUCUGAUGUGAGACCGAAUUGGUGAAGGGAUGGAGAGAAUAGUAAGAGUACUAACCUAGUUCACAACAUUCUCAGAUACAUGUUUACACUGUGUCACUGUCCACUUGAUAGUUUCAUUUGAUCCUGUCGCAGUUAUACAGAAGCACUUUUAAUUUUCUGAGAGCAUUUUUUUGAGGAAGGAAAUGCUCAGCUCAAGGUUUAGUCAUUUCAUACAUCUAAGUCUUUUCAAGUUCUUGAAAAAGUGGCUAGUGAACAAACUAGAAGCACUCCUUAACUUUAGUCCUUAUCAAAACACACUAUACAUGUCUAGUUUCAUGGAAAAUUGCAGUUGAACUGGAAAAACGUUCUCUCGUUUGCAUCUAAAACAGAUUAGCAUUAUGCUUGGUGGUCUGCACUUUAAUGAUAAUGCUCCAUGUCUGUUGUGAGCGAACUGUACAACACUCCAAGUCUGGGUGAAAUGGGAUUUUUCUUAAGAAUAAAAAUCAUUUAAUUUAAUUUGGUUGAAAUGUAAAGCUGUGCAUGCCUGUUUUCAAAACAAGAACCCCUGAAAUGGAUUUAAAUUCGAUAAAAAUCACCAAAUGCAUUAUUUUAUUCUGAUCACUCUUAAUCUGGCCGUGAUAUAAACAAUGUUAUUCUUUGAGAAUAUUUUCAGUGCAUUCACAUCAGACUGGCUAAAGUUUAUGUUUCAAUUAUGAAAAAAAAAAAAUCAGCAUAGUUGAGCACAUAAAAAAUGUGAAAUAACUUAAGAGAUACAUCAGCAAAUUGACUUUGAUUUCAUGUUACAUAAAAUUCAUUGGAAAAGUAUUUGGGAUUAAUAAAUAAUAAAGUU